CUUUCGGUUUCAACCGGGUGGUCCGCGGAGGCAAGCUAGUGGCGCUGCUGGAGAGGAGGUUUGGAUCCCGGCCACCAGAUGAGGAGCCUGGGGCCUUGAGAGGUGAAAUGAGGAGUUAUCCAAGGCAUACAGCUAAAUUAAGUAGCAGAGCUGGGAUUAGUCUCCCAAAUUCUUGAUCAGGAUUGUUAAAAUGAGUCUACGGAAACAAACCCCGAGUGACUUCUUAAAGCAAAUCAUUGGACGACCAGUUGUGGUAAAAUUGAAUUCUGGAGUGGAUUAUCGAGGGGUCCUGGCUUGCCUGGAUGGCUACAUGAAUAUAGCCUUGGAGCAGACGGAAGAAUAUGUAAAUGGACAGCUGAAGAAUAAGUACGGGGAUGCAUUUAUCCGUGGAAACAAUGUAUUGUAUAUAAGUACACAGAAGAGAAGGAUGUGAAGACGCCAGGAGUACAAUACUUUUCAUACUGGGGUAUAUUUUUUUAUGAGAUUUUUGGGGGGUUCCUUUGUGACUUCCACUUGUCCCAUUUCAUAAUAGUUGGUGAUUUUUCACUGACCUGUGAGGAAGAGAAAUGUACAGAAUUGUGAUAAUGUAAUUGCGACGCGUUCCUUCCUAUUUAAGUUUCAGUCAUUUCCUUUUACCUCUGUGUCAGUGUGCAGAAAGCAAAAGAAUAAAAAAAGAAAGAAAAGCUA